AUGAGUGCCUCUCAAGGCUCUGCUUCGCCGUUCUGCGUGACUGUGGAGUUCUGCGGCGGACUCGAGCAGCUCACGACGACGAAGGCCAAAACGCUGCGUCUCUCCUUCGUUGCCUCCUCUGGCGCUUCGGCGCCCUCCGCUGAACCCGAGGCGCCUGCGGGAGGCGAAGCAGACGUCAAGCUAUAUCAGCUUGUCGCGUUUCUCAGCUCGCAGGUCGUCACAGAGCGGCCAGAUCUGUUUGCGGAGACGUAUGAGCCCAUGCCGCGACCCGGCGACAGCAGUGCGGGCGGUGUCAGUGCGGGCGGUGUCAGUGCGGGCGGUGUCAGUGCGGGCGGUGUCGCUGCGGCGAGCGACUCCGUACCGAACGGAAGCGACGCACCAGGCAACGCCACGAUUGGAAAUGUCUAUGCCAAGCAUCUCUUGUCCUCUCUGCCCCCAAUGCGCGUCAAAGCGGGCGUCCUCGCGCUCAUAGACGACGUCGACGUCGAAGUCGACGGAGGCAUGGAAGCAACGGUUCCCAAUGGAAGUUGCAUCACUUUCAUUUCCACUCUGCACGGAGGCUAA